GUGUACACCGCAAUGGAAAAAUGGGAAAUUUUUACUGUGGUUGUUGUUGUGGCAAUGGUGGUUGAUACCUGCCCCGGUCACCACCGCCACCGCCGCCGGCAGCCGUUGCACCCUUAGCCCAUACACACACACACACACACGCACGCACACACAAUAGGUAAGCGAACGAGCCAACCAAACCACGCAGCGACGUCCUGAAUUAUUGCAGCGAGUGCGAGCGGGUGCGCCUCAUCGUCACGCUGCAGUGCAAGCGAGAGCGAAAUACUGAGCGCGCCACUGCCGUCUUGCAGCGGCGCAGCAGCGACGCCGACGCCGACAGCGACGGCAACGCAUUCUACUUUAAAUACUGGCAACGAUCGCAGUUGAGAAACAGUUCACACAGCGACUUUAACGUGUCGAGAACGCAGCCAGACAAGAGAGAACAAAAUCAAAAGAAAAGACGAAGAAGCAGAAGCGAAGCGAAGCGAGCGAGAGCUGAGCACACAAUUUUCGCCGCGUUUCGUUAGUUCAAAAGUGAACCGUAGUGAGCAACAUUUUGUAACUGUAACUGCAACGGGCACCACCGAACGAGCGAACUCGAAAUUAUACUAAAACGAAAGACUUACAAGAAAUUUUUUUGCGUGUAUCUUGGAGUGCGAACGGAAUCGAAGCGUGCAAGGGCAGCGGCAUUGCCAGCUAGCUAGCGUUUCUUUGAUUUUCCCCAACAAAAAUUCAAUAUAUAUACCAUAUAUUUUUUUUUUGGUUAUUGUUGGAAAACAAUUUCAAAGUGCAAGUGCAAAGAAGGAUUACCAGGAUAACGCCACUUGGAUAACCGCAGCAGCAACAAUUGAUUUCGUUUUUUUUUUUGAGCACGUGAUAUUAAAGUGAAAUUGUGAGAAAUGCAUUUGCCCACUGGACCCACCCUGGUGGCGAAUACGUCCGCCCACACCCAGGUCCUGGCCGCAGCAGCAGCGGCGGCAGCGGCCGCAGCGGCGGCCACAAAUGUUAGCCAAGGCAACAUUAGCACACAUUCGGCCAGCAGUACGGGCAGCUCCACGCCGGACAAUAGCCAUCACAGCAGCAGCAACAACAACAACAACAACAGCAGCAGCACCAACAACAACAACAACAGCAGCAGCAGCAACAACAACAACACGAGCAGCAACAACAACAACAACAGUUCAAACAGCUCCAACGCGAAUGCGGCGAAAAUGCCCAGCUCGAUGACGGACAUGUUCGCCAGCCUGCACGAGAUGCUGCAGGAAUAUCACGGCGAAUUGGCCCAGACCGGCUCGCCGUCGAUCCUGUGCAGCGCACUGCCCAAUCACUGGCGCUCCAACAAAUCGCUGCCGGGCGCCUUCAAGGUGAUCGCCCUGGACGAUGUGCCCGACGGCACCCUCGUCUCGAUCAAGUGCGGCAACGAUGAGAACUACUGCGGCGAAUUGCGCAACUGCACCACCACGAUGAAGAAUCAGGUGGCCAAAUUCAAUGAUCUGCGCUUUGUCGGCCGCUCCGGCCGUGGUAAAUCCUUUACGCUGACCAUCACCAUCGCCACGUAUCCGGUGCAGAUCGCCAGCUACAGCAAGGCCAUUAAAGUAACGGUCGACGGGCCGCGGGAGCCAAGAAGUAAGCAAAGCUAUGGCUAUCCACAUCCCGGCGCAUUUAAUCCCUUCAUGCUGAAUCCCGCCUGGCUGGAUGCGGCGUACAUGACCUACGGCUAUGCGGAUUACUUCCGCCAUCAGCAGGCAGCCGCCGCUGCAGUGCAUCAUCCGGCGCUCUCCAAGGCCGCCACGUCGCCCAAUGGAAGCAACAGCGGCGUCAUUUCGCCGGGCGCUGCUGGUGGCGCCGCCAUGCCCACCGCCGCCUCCGCCGUUGUUGCCGCCGCCGCUGCCGCCGACUAUCCACCGGUGCCGCCAGUCGUGGGCGUGCCCGUGGGCGGUGUGGUGCCACCCGCCUCCAUGAUGCCCUCGCCGCCGGGCGGUCCGCCAGCGUCGGCGUACGCCAUGCCCCAAUUUCCGUUCAAUCAUGUGGCCGCCGCAGCUGCCGCCGCCGCGCAUCAGAGCCAGAAGGCCACGCCCCACGCCUUCCAUCCGUAUAACUUUGCGGCCGCCGCGGGUUUGAGGGCGCGCAAUGCCGCCGCCGCUGCACUGCAUCAUGGCGGUUUGAGUGGCGCCGAAACGGCGCACAUGAGCCCCGCCUCGUCGCGCCCAUCUAGCUCCUCGCCCACGCCCACGCCCACAUCCAUGCCGCACGUGCUGCUCAAGCUGAACACCUCCAUCGAGACGAGCUCCAUCCACGAACAGUCCGCCUCGGAUGCGGACUCUGACGACGAACAGAUCGAUGUGGUCAAGUCCGAGUACGAGCUGGACAAGUCCAUCGACUCGACGCGCAGCUCGCCCACCCAGCAGAUCUCCGUGCCGCUGCGUAUGCGCUGCGACCUGAAAGCACCGUCCGCCCUGAAGCCGCUCUACCACGAGUCGUCCGCAGCGGCAGCGGCAGCAGCAGCAGCAGCGGCAGCAGCAGCGGUGGCCGCCGUCCAUGCUCCGCGCCAGGCAUCGCCCGAGACGACGCUGCCGGCGGCAACCAAGCUGAAGAAUGCCGUUGUCCAGCAGAAGACCGUGUGGCGGCCAUAUUGAGCAGGAGUCACAGCAGUAGCACACACACACACUGACACACACACACACUCACACACACACAGCGUGAUAUGCAGGAGCAGGAUGCAGAAAGCAGGCGCAGAGCGGCAGCAACAUUGUGAUAUAGUCAUAUAAGUUAGGCACGUGCACACAGCAGAGCACAGCACAAAUGGGGAAGAAGCAGACAAUUUCCAAACCAAAAACAAAAACAACUCCGGCCGGCAAACGGAGCAGGAGCAGAAGCAGGAGCAGGAGCAGGAGCAGGAGCGGGAGCAGCACCAGCAGGAUAUAUAGUCGUUGUUGUUGUUGAUGUUUCAGGGGGGCAGGCGAAAUGGGGUUGUGCGAGGAGCUCACUCGAAAUUUUAUGCUCGAUUCAUAAAGUCGUGCGUUGAGCUCGUUGCACACACACAUACAAACAAAGAAACACCCACACACACGAGCACAAAUACCGAACUAGAAAAACCUCAACUGGAAUUUCGCUCGAUCGCCGCGAGGCGAACUUGAAGAAAAACUGUUAAACGUCUUCUGCUCUCAAUUCCCACACUCGAAAAAAAAAAAAAAAAAACACCAAAAAAGCAAACCAA